UGCCGGUGCUAGUUUGAGGAGUAUAAUUUUCAAGAUUCUACUUGGUUUAUGAUAAGUUAUUUGUGUUAAAUUCGCGUUGUGAUUAGUGGAAUGUCAGUUAGUGGUGAUGUGAUCUGUAGUGGGCGAAAUACAAUAUUUUAGUGGAUUAAUAUUGGCGGAUUGGCAUGUUAUGUGUUUGAUAAUGGCGGAAUAGCAGGUUAUGUGUUCUGCAAUUGACGAAAUGCCAAGGUCAAGCGAAAGAAGCACCGGAAUACAGAAAUGUUCGGUUCGGUCCGAGGCAAGAUGAAUCCAUCGAGAGAGUGAUGCUUCCAAACUUGUCGUUCAAGAAAUGUCUAAGGCAAUGUGCUCUGAGAUCGUCGUGUGAAGUGAUGGGUUACUUCAGAGCGGCGUUGUUGUGUGAAUUACAUUUCAUCAGAGACUUUUGGGAUACCCUUGCUUGUAACGAAAGUGGGCCACGUGUGAUGGUGUAUGUCCAGCGAAGUGACAUCUUAUUAAAGGAUGCAGAGACAUGCAAGUCUUGCGGCAUCUUAACAUCUCAAACGUGUGGCCAUUGUGUUACGAAUGAAUGCCCACCUUACGCAAAAGUUCCGAAUGGCACAAUACUCGGGAAUCUUCAUAGUGACGGAACAAAACGCUUAUUGAAGUGCGACAAUGGUUACGCCCCAAAGAACAGAGCACAUGUGCAAAGCGUGUGUAAGGACGGCCAGUGGACUAAGAUCACACAGUGUGUACAAGAAGAAUGCGUUCAAAAUCAGACCAACUUAGGUGACUCCACUUACACCUUCUACAUGAAGAGCCAUCAAACCUAUAACGACAGUGUGAAAUUAUGCAAGAAAUGCGGUUAUCGUGUUGUGACUAUUGAGUCCCAAGAAGAACACACAUUUUUGGCGAGUCAAAUGAAGAUCCAUGUCCCUACACCACGUUCAUCAUACAAUGCAAGAGGUGACAAUGACGGUUUUUUCUUGGACUUUUACAAUCCCGAAGGAAAUCAAACUAUUCGAAUGGACAACUUUUCCAUUGUACUAUUCACAAAUUUUGCUUUUGGCCAGCCAAAUUAUCUCAACCAACAUUUCAUCGCUGCUAUGGGUUACGACAAUUGGCUUUGGCAUGACGUUACCGAAUGGGAUAAAUUCCAAACCGUUUGCGAGAGUGAGAUAUAGGAAUUCUAUGUUUUGUAAAUUAUAGUGUGAGAUAUAGUAUUUAAGAGCGCACUUCUUAUCUGCACACGGAAAAAAUAUGAUUUUUACCAAUAACUAUGGUAAUUCACUUUCAUAUACACUUGGAGACUUUUCUAACGCAACACGAAUUCAAAUAAAUAUAGCGCCAUUAUUUUAGAACGGGUUUUCUUGAACUUUGUACUCAGACUUUUCAACACAUAUCUAAUUGUUCAUGUAAAUUUUAUUGAAAAUGAUCAAAAUUAAAAUAUCAAACAUAACAAAAUUAAAAACAAUCACUUAAAACGUAUUUUUUUUAAAAAUCGGACAUCGUUAACAAAUAAUAUGAACAGUUA